UUGGUUAUGCAGCAGUUUUUGUGUUCUUGAUACUCUGGCUUGCUACAAAAAGAAGGAGAUGGAGUCCCUUGUUUGUAAGGGACCGUGAUGGGAAAAAGAGUGUUAAGAAGAGGGGUCGAGAAAUACUAGGCCGCCAGAAGCUUGUGGAAAGCGCCAUUUUGAGGAUUAAAAAAAAACAAAAAACAUUGGACAUCUGUAAGAAAUGUCCCCUUUUCAUCCACAGGGGGCGCAUGUCUCCCCUGCUCCAUUUGGCUAGGAGAUAUGAAUACACUCUCUCUGAUAACAAAACACAUUCAGCAAAACAAACAAUCCAGUUCGUUUGUAUCUUAUCGGAUAGCCUAUGGAUUUUUGCCGGAUUUUGACAUAAAUCGCUUAAUAGGAGUAAUAAAUCUACAGUGGGCUGGCUAGCACAUGGCUUUUUAUUAUAUAAGACUCAGCCUUAUUAAAUUAUAAAAGCAUUUUAAUGAAAAGAUUGUAAACAAAAAUAUACAAUCAGUUCAUCAUUUUGAUACUCAAGGCCGAGCUGACAAAAGAUGAUGCAUAUAACAGCCUCAGAAAGCAGCGCAAUUGACUCACAAUAUAGCUGGAUAAUAAAUCAGAAGAAAAAAGACAUUCACUUCACAUUAUUUCCCUGUUGUUUGGAGCUCCUCUUACCUUAAGCAUUUCUUCAACAUAUUUCUCCACAACAGUAUGUUGAUGCUGCCCGGACGUUGUCUGUGAGACACUUGCUCCUCUGCCAGCGAAUCCAUCCUUUCAAUGGGGGUUAAGGUGGGCCUACGUCACGUUGAUCGACAAGAGGUCGGCAUUUACAUAAGUCUGGUCUUUAACGACAACCUGUCAGCGCAAGGCCACUUAAGAUCAAGAUGAGACAGAACAACUGAUCACUGGCUGACCCAGCCCACGUGACUGUCACUGGUCAUUCAUAUCACUAGUGCGCAGACACCCCCCAAUCCACGACUGAUUGAAGGAGGCAGAAGGGUGGCUCGGCUCAACCCCGAGUGAGUGGUGAGACGUUAAUCAGUCCCCGGGCCCAAAGAUCUGUCAGUGUGGCAGCCACGCACAGAGACGCCCAGGAAGAUGCUACAAUGAGCACAUUCUUAGAUUUCUCGGCCAUAAGUGGUGGUGGAGACGGAGGUGGCGGAGGCUCGUGCUCAGUCAGAGCGUUCCAUGGCGACCACGGACUUUCAACAUUCCAAUCAUCGUGUGCUGUUAGGGUAAAUAGCUGCAGUGGAGACGAGCGGUUCAUGUCCAGUAGAUCAUCACAAGACGCAAUUAACCCUCAGCAACAUCAAGCAGGCUCGUACCAGUCCCCCGGGACUCUGUCAAUUACCUACAGCGCCCAUCCAAGUUACGGGACUCAAAGUUUUUGUUCCGGAUACAGUCACUAUGCCCUAAAUCAGGAUGUGGACUCGUCUGUGAGCUUUCCCCAGUGCGGCCCUUUAGUUUACUCUGGAAAUAUUUCCUCCACGGUUGUACAGCACCGUCACCAUCGCCAUGGUUACAGUAGCGGAAACGUUCACCUCCAUGGCCAGUUCCAGUACGCCUCAGCCACAUAUGGUAAUAGUCCGGAUCAGGCAAACCUUACGUUUGUGGCGGGCUGCUCAAAUCCGCUAUCCCCUCUGCAUGUGGCUCAUCACGAUGCUUGUUGUUCACCUCUAUCAGAUGGUGUGUCCACAGGGCAGACAUUUGACUGGAUGAAGGUUAAACGGAACCCGCCAAAAACAGGAAAAGUUGGAGAGUAUGGAUUUGGUGGGCAGCCAAACACUGUACGCACCAAUUUUACCACAAAACAGCUGACAGAGCUUGAAAAGGAGUUUCAUUUCAAUAAGUACUUGACUCGCGCGAGGCGUGUGGAGAUCGCGGCUGCGCUCCAAUUGAACGAGACUCAGGUGAAGAUUUGGUUCCAAAAUCGCCGUAUGAAGCAAAAGAAACGCGAAAAGGAAGGUCUUUUGCCCAAAUCUCCGUCCGAACCGAAGGAUGGUCUCGAAAAAACCGAGGAUGCAUCCGAAAAGUCGCUCUCCACUCCAUCCACGCCCUCUCCCACUUCCCCGACUGUUGAUGCCUACUCCUCGAAUUAAACGGCUCUCACGUUUGUUCUGCCAACCUGUUAUUGCUGUCCUUGGUAUGGGUCUGUAACUGUUAGUUACUCUCCUUUCAAAGUCAUUGUCAAAAUCAUCAUGUGACAUACCGUGUCAUACAGAGACCAUUGCACAACUUUGUUUCGACCUGGACCAUUUUGACUACUCUCAGUGUAUUUACCUGUGCUACUUUGUGUUAUUGUGAAAUGACUGUUAAUAGUUUUGGGCACCUUGUCAAGCACCUAGAUAGAACAAGUGGAUUGUGCAUUUUCGUACACAGUAAUAGCAAAUGCUGCACUUUUACACACGUCUUUGUUCGGACUUGUACACCACUUGUCAAAUGCCUACCUCAAGAACCAAAAGAAAUAGUGCAAUAUAUUUAAGUAAUGUAUUAUUAAGAGAGAUUAAUCAAUUGUUACUCUCGUCAAAGGCUUGUUUGAAGAUACUGACAACUUUUCUGGACCGUGCAUAGUGUUUAACCCUGAUGUUGUAAAUGUGUUGUGAGUUUUGCAACAUGAUGCGCAGUUUUUUUUUUAAGUUGACGUUGGUCAUACUGAGUUUUAUCAGUCGGAGAUGAAAGCACUAAUCUCCAUUACUAACAUGCUUUAGAAAAAGAUCAAGAUACGGGUGAAAUAAAUGUGUGAAUUAAAAAUGCUCUUAACUACAAUUUAUUUGAACACUUGUCCUUUACUCUUGAUUCUGCUAAUGCCUGUUAUAACCUGCACACAGCCACAUUUAACUCUCAGAACCAUUACUGGCAAUGUUUGGGUCAUCGAUUGAUUUUCAUAGUCCUAAUCUACCAAAAGCUCACUCUCUGGCUCCGUAACUGAUGUAUGCGUCCGCGCGUUGUUUCUUCCUCGGGGAAAAAAUAUUGGCACAUGGUAAGCAUGUUUAUCCACGAAAGAAGAUGCGCAAUGCUGUCAUCGUCAUUCGUGAUGACAACCCUAUUGACCUGUUAGUUUAUCGAAGGGAAACGAAGGACAAGAGAGAGAGAGAGAGAGAGAGAGAGAGAGAGAGAGAGAAACAUGAACAUCGAUUAAAUCAUUUCAACUAUCGACAAGAAUGAGUCGGUCUGACCCCAUCCGUGUUGAUGACGUGUGAUUCCUCAUAUCACACAUAUCAGUUUUGCUUACAGAGUGUCGAGUGAAGCAGUAACAGAGCAAUAUAAGGAGCAAAAAGUCUGAACAACAGAUCUGAAGGCCAAACAUGUUCAAUGCCCCCCCCCCCCAUACACACACGCACGUUGGGGUUUCAUGUUUUAUGGGGACAUUCCGUAGACAUAAUAGGUGUACUGUAAAUUCUAUCCCCUAGCCCUAAACCUAUCACAGAAGACUUGCUGCAUUUUUGGUUGCCCAAUAAACAUUAUUCUGUAUGAUUUAUAAGCUGUUUUCCUUUCAUCUUUGUGAUAAAAUAACGUGUACCUGAACCACACACACACACACACACACACACACA